CAUUUCGAGAUUGCAACGGUCAGUCGUCAUUCGAAGAGACAGAAUAAAUAUAACCAACGCAUUAUCUCGUUAGUUUUAUUCGAGAUCAUCCAGUGAGUCUCUCGCCAUGUCGGGAAACAUCUCGCUACUGUUCUUACUUUCAUUAGCCUUGUGCCAAUUAUGCUUCGUUUCAGAGGCCUUUUAUAUAUCAAAACGGUUAUUAGAAGAGAAGCGCACAUGCGGAUACGAAUCAUGCCCAGUCAUUCAACCGGAUAAAUUAAACAUUCAUCUGGUUCCUCAUACGCACGAUGACGUAGGCUGGUUGAAAACCGUCGAUCAGUAUUACUUUGGAAGUCAGUCUAAAAUACAGAAAGCCGGUGUUCAAUACAUACUUGAUAGUGCAAUCGAGGCGUUAUUAAAGAACCCCGAUAGAAGAUUCAUAUACGUUGAAACUGCAUUCCUGUGGAAAUGGUGGCUAAGACAGAACGAGGAUGUAAGAGACAAUGUGAAGAUGUUGAUAAACGAAGGAAGAUUAGAGAUUAUCAAUGGCGCCUGGAGUAUGAAUGAUGAAGCUGUCACUCAUUAUCAUUCCAUCAUCGAUCAGUUUACAUGGGGAUUUAGGAGAUUGAAUGAUACCUUCGGUAGUUGUGCUAGACCACACAUAGGCUGGCAAAUAGAUCCAUUUGGACAUUCGAGAGAACAGGCAUCUUUAUUUGCGCAAAUGGGAUUUGAUGGUAUGUUGUUUGGUCGUUUGGAUUAUCAGGACAAGGCACAACGUUUGAAUAACAAGAGUAUGGAGUUUAUUUGGAAGGCCAGUCCUAGUCUUGGUGAUCGUGCCGACUUAUUCACUGCCGCAAUGUUUAAUACUUACAGUCCACCGCCUGGCUUUUGCUUUGACGUAUUAUGCAAUGAUGAGCCAGUGAUAGAUGAUCCUGAUAGCCCGGACUAUAACGUUAACACGAAAAUAGAUGAUUUUCUAAAAUACGCGAAAGAGCAGGCCAAACAUUUUCGUACAAAUAACAUUAUAUUGACAAUGGGAGGAGAUUUCACUUAUCAACAAGCGGAAAUGUACUUUACAAAUUUGGACAAAUUGAUAAGAUAUGGAAACGAAUUAAAUGGAUCAACGGUGAAUCUAUUUUACUCUACACCAUCUUGUUACUUGAAAGCACUGCACGAUGCAAAUAUUAUUUGGCCAACAAAAUCUGAUGAUUUCUUUCCUUAUGCAAGCGAUCCUCAUGCUUAUUGGACAGGAUAUUUUACUUCAAGGCCAACGAUAAAAUAUUUCGAAAGAAUGGGAAACAAUUUGUUACAAGUUAGUAAACAAUUGUCCGUUUUGACGAAUUCAAAGGAAAACGAGAAAGAAUUGGAGUAUUUCCGUGAAGCUAUGGGAGUUAUGCAACAUCACGAUGCAGUUACUGGAACAGAGAAACAAUUGGUUGCAAGUGAUUAUUCUCGUUUGUUAUACGAGAACAUAUUCAAUAACGAAAAAAUGGCGGCUGAAUCUCUUUACAAUUGGGCCAAUACAGGAAAUAUUUCCAAUGACAACUUGACAAUGCACUCUUGCUUGGAAUUAAACAUCAGUGCUUGUGCAUAUACCGAAGAUAAUGCAAAUUUCAUUGUGACAGUAUACAAUCCUUUAAGUCGGCCAAUUUCCUCUUAUAUUCGUCUUCCGGUACAAGGAAAUUCCUAUGAUGUUUUGGAUAUGACAACGAAUCUCAAGGUAGUCUCUCAAAUAAUACCAAUACACGAGAGAGUAUUACAAAUACCUGGAAGAAAAAGUAAAGCAACGAAAGAAUUAUUGUUCCAUGCUAUUGAUUUACCAGGAUUAGGUUACAAACGUUAUAUAAUAAAUGCAAAACCUGAUACAGAAGAAACAUUUAUCAAACAUACAAAUACUAUAGGAGAAGACCUCUAUGCGAUAAAAAUUGACGAAUCUGGUCAAAUAAUUGUUGAAAAUAAAAAAGACAUGGAAGUAGUCUUUGUUCAGUCUUUUCAAUAUUACGAAGGAGCAGUAGGUAAUAACAAAGUGUUUGAAAAUCGAUCAUCCGGUGCAUACAUCUUUAGACCUAAAACAUCAUCGACCUUUAAUUUGCCAUACGAAGGAAAAUACUCUGUCAUUAAAGGUCCUCUCGUAGAAGAAAUUCACCAAACAUUUAAUCAAUGGAUCAGCCAAGUUGUCAGAAUUUAUAAAAAAGAUGAACGUCUGGAAUUCGAAUGGCUCGUUGGUCCUAUUCCUGUCGAUGACAAAAUUGGUAAAGAAAUAGUGACGAAGUAUUCGACUUAUAUUAAUUCCGAAGAUGAAUUUUAUACGGAUAGUAAUGGUCGAGAGAUGUUAAAACGUAAAAGAAAUUAUAGACCUACUUGGAAUUUGAAACUUUACGAACCUAUAUCAGGAAAUUAUUAUCCUGUUACGACGAAAAUCUCUUUGAAGGAUAAAUUAAAGCCACUAAAGUUCUCCGUAUUUACUGAUCGUUCCCAAGGAGGUACCAGCAUGGAAGAUGGAGAACUGGAAUUAAUGCUUCACAGAAGAUUAUUAAAGGACGAUGCUUUCGGUGUCGAUGAAGCUUUAAAUGAAAUGGCCUAUGAUACAGGUUUGGUAGUACGUGGUACUCAUUGUAUCCAGCUUAGUAAUUUAAACAAUAGCUACUCUUCGUUAAAAGAAAAAGAGAUACCAUUAAAGUUAGCACUUCGUCCAUCGAUCUUCAUUACGACUCUAUCUGAAACAAAUAUUGAUAAUUGGAGUAACGUUGAUUUAAUGUCAACGAAAAAAUCAGGACUGUCUAAGAACUUACCACCGAACGUUAAUAUUCUUACUUUAGAACCUUGGAAAAAUGGAACUAUUUUAUUAAGACUUGAACACAUAUUUGAAGUUGGUGAAUCCAAUGUAUAUUCUGUACCUGUAGAUAUUAAUAUUAAGGACUUAUUUACAUCAUUCACGAUAACAUCGAUAAAAGAAACAACAUUGGGUGCAAAUCAAUGGUUAGAAGAUAGCAAUCGUCUAAAAUGGAAUCCAGAAACAAAUGAUAUUCUAAGCAAUAGCGAAGAUAUUUUCAAACCUAUCAGAAUUCAAGAAGAAGUGAUCAAUAUACAUUUAAAACCAAUGGAAAUACGUACGUUCAUCAUAGAAAUGUCACAAGAAAUACAAGAGGAAAAUUCGUGGGCUCAAACGUUAUUAACUAUAACACCGGAGGAUGAUGCUGUACUUAGAGAAAUCAAAUCAAAGAUUUUGGUGUCCGCAGACAUGAAUACUUCAUUGGAUCUAAAUACCGAUAGUUUUGUUUACAGAAGACCCCUAACUCCAAAGUAUCUCGUUGAUUUUAAUGAAUUAGAGGAAGAAAAUAAUAUUAAACACGUCGAAGUUCAAACAUAUUUGCAAGGCGUAUCGGUCGUUGACAUACCAAUCGAAUAUAAGGAUCAAAUUUCACAAACGUUGUAUAUGAGCUCACCUUGUCCUCCUAUGAAAUAUUAUGAAGAUAUUAUGACAUCUAUGAGAGAUGGUCCAAUGCCAGAGAUAAAAAAUACUCGUCAAACGCAAACAAUACUUACGAUUGAUCCAGAUUUAACUCUACAAAUUACCACAGAAAUAUUACAAAUCGACAUUACAGAGGAAGAAAAGGAAGAGGAAGAAAUAAAAGAUAUACGUUUUGUAUGGAACGAAGAAGAUUAUUUGCAAACUGAGCUAAAUACCUUGAUAUCCGAUAUCCUAUAUUAUCUAGAAGAACGUGUUUUUUGGAUUUUAGAUCCAACAAAUCUCUUACGUCCGAUUACAAUUGAAAACUUUACUCAGACCUUGGUAAAAUACAAUGGAAUAACGGAUAAAAUUGUAAUCGACAACGAAACGCAAACUGAAUUAACUUGUCAACCUAAAAGUUCCAAUACCGAAUUACUUUCAGAUUAUCAAGCUAAUAAAAACUUGAUAAAUGAAAUAUUAAAUGAUUGUUUGGAUAAGACCAUUGAGUCUGUAAUAUUGACUCAAUAUAUUCUCGAUGAGAUCAUUAAAAAGUGUGGUGAAUUAAUUAGAUAUCCUCCAAAAGAUCAAGAUGUUCAAACUAUAGCUACUUAUACGGUGGACGAAAAGAAAGAUGAUGUUUUACGUAAAUUACAAUUACCAAUAGUUGUUGAUUCAUUGGAAUCAUCGAUUGUGGUAUUAGCGCUCAUCGAUGAUCUGUUAAAAUCGGUUUGUGAAGUUAUCUAUGAAAAUGCAUAUAUUGUCACUAAGUCUAUUAUUCAAGAUGCAGUUAUAAAAUCUGCUUCCAUUGGUUCUAAAAUAGAAAAAAUACGAAAUCAAAAACACGAUAAGCUAAUCGAGCAGAUCUUAAGUCAAAGAAGAGAAAAGAUAGCAAAGUUAAUGAUGAAGAAGGAAACAGAUACAGUCUUUACACAGACCAGUAUAUCGGGUAUCCACGAAAUAACAAAACUUAAGGAAAGUAUUAGCUGUAUUUGCUUAAAAGAUUCAAAGUGUUAUGCGUGCAUAAAAAGAGAUAAAGAUAUACGAACGUUGCGUACGCAGGAUAUACUUUUAGCUUAUAGUAGUAGACCAUGUCAGGUUGUUAGUAAUUCUUUCAAGAUAGAAGCUGAUAAAGUAUGUUCGAGUUGUAUUACCGAAGAAAGAUCAUCAUCAACGAUAAGUACAACUUCAGUUUCGGAUGAUUUUACCUCAGAAUCAGCCACAACAAUCGAUAUUAUUCUAAAGCCGAAAGAAAGAAUAAAUCUUACAGAUUCUCUUGAUGGAUGGACUCGUGCAAUUGAUACAGCUUUAACUAUACCAUGGUCUCCUCAAAGUUCCUUGAGUGACACCGAUAAAAACGAAAAGUUAAAUUUGCAAACUAUGAAGGUAUUGGAAAUUUUGAAGAGUACCUUCUGUAUUCGUGAUACCUGUCCUAUAUCUGUCUUAGAAAAAUUGACAAAAAGAACAAACGAUAUAGUCGAUAACGUUCAUACGAAUACAAUUAAUAAUUCGUGCCUUUGUUCAAAGGUAAAAGAUGAUUAUGUUAAUGAAGAAAAUAUUGAAGAUAAUAAUAGUAUUAUCGAUACCAAAACUUAUAACUCGUCGUUAGGAAAUGAUAAAUGUUUGUGUCAUAUUUGUUAUACAUUAGAAGAUACUUUGAGUGAGUUUCCUGAAAAUAAUAAUUCUUGUAACGUGAAAAUUAUUCCUAUACAAUCGACUUCAUAAAUACAUAUUUAUGUAUAGGAUUCUUUCAUAUAUUUGUA